GCUCUAUCAGUGGCUAGUUAGCUUGCUUUGGCUAACGUUAGCUAUUAGCUGUAUAACGUUAAAAGGCCAGGGGAUUGUUGAAAGAGAAACUCACAUCUACUACUAUGAGAGAUAGUACUCCCUUAUUUAUGCCUAUCGUCACUUGUUAUAAAAUGACAAUGCCUUGCUAGUUGAAUUACUGUUCCACUUUUGAAGCACUGUUUCUUGAAGCCCGGUUCUGAAAUCACUCCCUGGGUUUACCGUCAUGUACAGUAGUGCCUGGAUGUUUGGUCAGGACGUGCCGUUUUAUUCAUUUGUUCGUUUUUGAGACGCAUUACAAACCACUUCCCCACACACAAAAAAAACAUUGUGGGCGCUCCUCGUUAUUUCUCAGAGUUUGUAUGACAGAGACAAAAAGUAAUCACUGUAUUUGCGUUUCAUGACGAUUGAGCUCAGUGAGAACGUGUGGCUAGCAUGAGUCCAUUUCCUGUGACAGCGGUGAAGAACAACAAGUCAGUGGCUUGAACCACAGCGCUGCAGCGGGUGGGUCGCGGAGGGAUCUUCAACAAAACUGGAUAACAAAAGAUCCGGUAAACCGCGAAGCACAAGGGUAUCUCCCUCUCGUGCAGCUGCCACACUGAGCAGUGCUAAGCAGAGAGCGCGCUGAACCGAGAGCGCAGUUGCACUUGACCAAAUCAAUUCUAGUAAUUCAUGAAAUAAUUAUACAUUUACGUCGCGACCCACCAUUAACAGGUCGCGACCCAUACUUUAAGAAACGCUGCGUUACAUUGUUGUUGUAACAUUGUAAUGGAAACGGUUGCAUUGUUUCAAUGUAAUUCUAAAGAUAAUGAUGCCAACUGCCUACACUCAUAGGUCCCCUACGACCUCUUGCGAUUGGAUGAUCCUGCAGGCUGAACAGAAAAAUAUCAAUGUUCGUGUCACCACCAUGGACGCUGAGCUGGAGUUUGCCGUCCUGCCCAGCACCACUGGCAAACAACUCUUCGACCAGAUAGUGAAGACCAUCGGGCUGAGAGAGACCUGGUUCUUUGGCCUACAGUACCAGGACAGCAAAGGCUUCUCUACCUGGCUCAAACUCAACAAGAGGGUGACAGCUCAGGAUGUACGCAGGGAGAACCCUCUGUUGAUAAAGUUCCGGGCCAAGUUCUACCCUGAAGACGUAGCUGAGGAACUGAUCCAAGAGGCCACGCAACGACUUUUCUUCCUGCAGGUGAAGGAAGGCAUCCUGAAUGAUGAUAUCUACUGUCCUCCUGAGACGGCUGUGCUGUUGGCCUCCUACUCUGUUCAGACCAAACAUGGAGACUACAAGAAGGACUACCACUUCCCGGGUUACCUCAGCAGGGACAAGCUGCUUCCCCAGAGGGUUCUGGAGCAGCACAAGCUGAACAAGGAGCAGUGGGAGAAUAGGAUAAAGGUGUGGCAUGAGGAGCACAAGGGAGUGCUGAGGGAGGAUGCCAUGGUGGAGUAUCUGAAGAUAGCUCAGGAUCUAGAGAUGUAUGGAGUCAACUACUUCAGCAUCAAGAACAAGAAGGGUUCAGAGCUGUGGCUGGGGGUAGACGCUCUGGGCCUCAACAUAUACCAGAACACUGACAGGAUGACCCCUAAGAUCGGCUUCCCAUGGAGUGAGAUCAGAAACAUUUCCUUCAACGACAAGAAGUUUGUUAUAAAGCCCAUGGACAAGAAAGCCCCGGAUUUUGUGUUCUACGCCCCUCGUCUACGGAUCAACAAGCGUAUCCUGGCGCUGUGCAUGGGGAACCAUGACCUGUACAUGAGGAGGAGGAAGCCAGACACCAUCGAGGUCCAGCAGAUGAAAGCCCAGGCCCGUGAGGAGAAGACUAAGAGACAGAUGGAUAAAGCUCUGCUUGAGAGCGAGAAGAAGAAGAGAGAGAAUGCGGAGAAGGAGACAGAGAAGAUCGCCAGAGAAACCAUGGAGCUGAUAGGCAGACUGAAACAGAUUGAGGAAGAGACCAAGAAAGCUCAGGAAGAGCUGGAUAAGAGGACUCGCAGGGCCCUGGAGCUGGAGAAAGAGAGGACGUUUGCCCAGGAGGAGGCAGAGCGUCUGGAGAAGGAGCGCAGGGCAGCGGAAGAGACCAAGGCAGCCCUCCUACAGCAGUCAGAGAGCCAGAUGAAGAACCAGGAGAACCUGGCUACUGAUCUGACCUCUAAGAUCUCCCUUGUGGAGGACGUAAAGCAGAAGAAGGACGACGAUACAAAGAGAUGGCAGAAAAGGGACUCUGUGCAGGGGGACCACGACGAGACCGACGAGAGCAGCGCCGAGGCCAGCGCCGAGCUGACAUCACCAGGCAUGGUUAGAGACCGCAGCGAGGAGGGACGCAUGACGGAGGCUCAGAAGAAUGAACGGCUACAGAAACACCUCAAGGCCCUGAGUAGUGAGUUGGCCAGCGCUCGAGACGACAGUAAGAAUACUCCCAAUGACCUGAUCCACGCGGAGAACGUUAAGGCCGGCCGGGACAAGUACAGGACCCUCCGUCAGAUACGACAGGGCAACACCAAGCAACGCAUCGACGAGUUUGAGUCCAUGUGAAGGAUAGAAAGAAUGCGAAUGAGAGAGAAGGUGUGUGUGUGUGUGCGCGUGAGUGGGAGUGUGGGAGUGAGAGAGUGAGAGAGAGAGAGAGUGAGAGAGAGAUAGAGAGAGAACAAGAGUCUGUACUGAAUAUAUGUAUUUAAAUGGGAGUCAUAUAGGCAGGUACAGUGUAAUUACUAAGUCAUUAAUGCUUCUCCCUAGUAGUGUGUUGUCCCCUGUGACUAAAGAGUGCCAACUUCAUGGGAUUUGUAGUUUAGUCAAGUAUAAUUCUGUGGACUACAAACUGUAGGCUACUAGUACCACAAUCAAAGUGAGUGAUGAUACAAUUAAUCAUAAUAUAUCAUAAUUUAUGCUGCUUUUGCUCAUGGUUUUUGCAAUCUUGAAAUGAAUCUAUGCAAAAUAAUUAUUAGCUGAUAUAGCAUGAAAACCAUAUUUUUAUGUAUGGAUAGAUUAGUGACAGGAAGGGAAUGGAUAGAUUAGUGAGAGGAAGGGUAUGGAUAGAUUAGUGAGAGGAAGGGUAUGGAUAGAUUAGUGAGAGGAAGGGUAUGGAUAGAUUAGUGACAGGAAGGGUAUGGAUAGAUUAGUGAGAGGAAGGGUAUGGAUAGAUUAGUGACAGGAAGGGUAUGGAUAGAUUAGUGACAGGAAGGGUAUGGAUAGAUUAGUGACAGGAAGGGUAUGGAUAGAUUAGUGACAGGAAGGGUAUGGAUAGAUUAGUGACAGGAAGGGUAUGGAUAGAUUAGUGACAGGAAGAGUAUGGAUAGAUUAGUGAGAGGAAGGGUAUGGAUAGAUUAGUGACAGGAAGGGUAUGGAUAGAUUAGUGAGAGGAAGGGUAUGGAUAGAUUAGUGAGAGGAAGGGUAUAGAUAGAUUAGUGAGAGGAAGGGUAUGGAUAGAUUAGUGAGAGGAAGGGUAUAGAUAGAUUAGUGAGAGGAAGGGUAUGGAUAGAUUAGUGACAGGAAGGGUAUGGAUAGAUUAGUGAGAGGAAGGGUAUGGAUAGAUUAGUGAGAGGAAGGGAAUGGAUAGAUUAGUGAGAGGAAGGGAAUGGAUAGAUUAGUGAGAGGAAGGGAAUGGAUAGAUUAGUGAGAGGAAGGGUAUGGAUAGAUUAGUGAGAGGAAGGGUAUGGAUAGAUUAGCGAGAGGAAGGGUAUGGAUAGAUUAGUGAGAGGAAGGGUAUGGAUAGAUUAGUGAGAGGAAGGGUAUGGAUAGAUUAGUGAGAGGAAGGGUAUGGAUAGAUUAGUGAGAGGAAGGGUAUGGAUAGAUUAGUGACAGGAAGGGUAUGGAUAGAUUAGUGAGAGGAAGGGUAUGGAUAGAUUAGUGACAGGAAGGGUAUGGAUAGAUUAGUGAGAGGAAGGGUUUGAGCUUAAUUGCAAUAUUUUCUUAGGAUGUUAUUUCACAGGUACAGUUGAAGUCGGAAGUUUACAUACACUAAGUUGACUGUGCCUUUAAGCAGCUUGGAAAAUUGGCUUUAGAAGCUUCUGAUAGGCUAAUUGACAUCAUUUGAGUCAACUGGAGGUGUACCUGUGGAUGUAUUUCAAGGCCUACCUUCAAACUCAGUGCCUCUUGACAUCAUGGGAAAAUCAAAAGAAAUCAGCCAAGACCUCAGAAAAAAAAUGGUAGACCCCCACAAGUCUUGUUCAUCCUUGGGACCAAUUUCCAAACGCCUGACGGUACCAUGUUAAUCUGUACAAACAAUAGUACGCAAGUAUAAACACCAUGGGACCACGCAGCCAUCAUACCACUCAGGAAGGAGACGCGUUCUGUCUCCUAGAGAGGAACAUACUUUGGUGCGAAAAGUGCAAAUCAAUCCUAGAACAACAGCAAAGGACCUUGUGAAGAUGCUGGAGGAAACAGGUACAACAUGAUCUAUUUCCACAAUAAAACGAUUCCUCCACAGUAAAAUUAUUCCUAUAUCGACAUAACCUGAAAGGCCGCUCAGCAAGGAAGAAGCCACUGCUCCAAAACCACCAUAAAAAAGCCAGACUACGGUUUGCAACUGCACAUGGGGACAAAGAUCGUACUUUUUGGAGAAAUGUCCUCUGGUCUGAUGAAACAUAAAUAGAACUGUUUGGUCAUAAUGACCAUUGUUAUGUUUGGAGGAAAAAGGGGGAGGCUUGUAAGCUGAAGAACAUGUGAAGCACGGGGGUGGCAGCAUCAUGUUGUGAGGGUGCUUUGCUGCAGGAGGGACUGGUGCACUUCACAAAAUAGAUGGCUUCAUGAGGAAGCAAAAUUAUGUGGAUAUAUUGAAGCAACAUCUCAAGACAUCAGUCAGGAAGUUAAAGCUUGGUCGCAAAUGGGUCUUCCAUAUGGACAAUGACCCCAAGCAUACUUCCAAAGUUGUGGCAAAAUGGCUUAAGGUAUUGGAGGUAUUGUCAAGGUAUUGGAGUGGCCAUCGCAAAACUUUGAACUCAAUCCAAUAGAACAUUUGUGGGCAGAACUGAAAAAGCGCGUGCGAGCAAGGAGGCCUACAAACCUGACUCAGUUACACCAGAUCGUUCAGGAGAAAUGGGCCAAAAUUCACCCUACUUAUUGUGGGAAGUUAAAGUUAAACAAUUUAAACAAUUAAAUUGCCUUUAAACAAUUUAAAGGCAAUGCUACCAAAUACUAAUUGAGUGUAUGUAAACUUCUGACCCACUGGGAAUGUGAUCAAAGAAAUAAAAGCUGAAAUAAAUCAUUAUCUCUACUAUUAUUCUGACAUUUCACAUUCUUAAAAUAAAGUGGUCAUCCUAACUGACCUAAAACAGGGAAUUUUUACUAGGAUUAAAUGUCAGGAAUUGUGAAAAACUGAGUUUAAAUGUAUUUGGCUAAGGUGUAUGUACACUUCUGACUUGAACUGUAUCAAUGAGUACAACAUCCUUUGCAAAGUGUUUUGCUAUGACUCCAAUAAAUACCAUUAACCAACACUGAA